CGCUAACUAAACAUGUUCAGUCGAUGCCGAUGGAAUGCUUUACUUAGCCUGUAUCUGUCUCUUCUAUUUCCGCUUUAAAGAUGAAGAUCGAACUUUGUUCGUUCAGCGGUUUUAAAAUCUACCCUGGUCACGGGAAAAGGGUCGUCAAAACUGACGGCAGGGUUUUCCAGUUCAUUAACGGAAAAUGUGAGGCUGCUCACCUUGGCAAGCGGAACCCCCGCAAGGUAAACUGGACUGUGCUGUACCGCAGGAAGCACAAGAAGGGUCUGACUGAGGAGACGGCCAAGAAGAGGACACGCAGGACCACCAAGUUCACCCGCGCCAUCACUGGAGCCACCCUCGGUGACAUCAUUGCCAAGAGAAACCAGAAGCCAGAAGUGAGGAAGGCCCAGAGAGAACAGGCCAUCAGAGCUGCAAAAGAAAAACAAAAGGCAAAGGAAGCAACAAAGAAAUCUACCAAGCCUGCUGUUCCCAAGGCUGCCCAGAAACAGAAGGCGGCAAAGAAUAUUCAGGCCAAGGCUCCCCGAGUCGGUGGAAAGCGAUAAUUUAUUUGUGCAGUUAAUGAAUAAAAACGGAAAACCAAGAAAA